AUGGCCCAGGCUGGAGCCGUAGUUGCAGCUGCCACGGGACUCCUUGUCUUUCUCCUGUACUCCUCCAUCCACAAGGUUGAGGAGGGGCACCUGGCUGUGUAUUACAGAGGUGGCGCGCUGUUGACUAGUCCCAGCGGACCAGGCUACCACAUCAUGCUCCCGUUCAUUACCACCUUCAAAUCCGUGCAGACCACGCUGCAGACUGAUGAAGUGAAAAAUGUGCCUUGUGGGACAAGUAUUUCUGGCUGGAACCUCUUGACUAAUGUGAGUGUCAACCCCAGCAGUGGGUAA